ACCGUUUUUUCGAUUUGAAAUUGUUUAAUGUUUUGCAUUUUUGAAACUCCUUAUUAUGUUUUCCUAUAAAUUUUAAAUAUUUUUAUUACUUUUAUUGUAAAAACUAGCUUAACAAUCAUGGAUUAUUCAACAAUAAGCAAUAAAACUACAAUAACAGAGGCGGAAGAUCUAACAGGUGGUGAAAUCAGUGAAAAGUAUUAUUUGCUGCGUAAACAGUACGAGAACUUAUCGAGCACCUACGAUGCAAUAAAACAGGAGCUCCACGAUACGAGGCGGAGUUACCAAACAGCUUUGGACGUCCAGAGCCACUUGACUGCUGAGUUAGAAAGUUUUCAGGCUGACGAACAAAGGCGACGGAAUGAGUUCAAUUCCCGUAUUUCUGCGCUUCAAGAAGACAUUUCAGCUUUAAGGCUAGAACGAAUAGACCUAACAGAACAGCAUGCGAAGGAGAUUAAGAAGUUAGAGGUGGAAAAUAAGCGGUUAAGAGAGGAGCAAGAAGUGAUAGCGCGGGAGUCGCCAGUUCGUGAUAAUUCGGAGUUGGAUGAAGUCCGGGCAGCUCUAUCAACGGUUACGUUGGAGGCAAAUGCAGUGAAACAAUCUCUUGAGGAGGCCCGCGCGGAACUUGGGUCCUGGCAGCUAAAAGUAGAGGAACUAGUAACAGAAGUAGCAGAGCUCCGUGCUGCGGCAGACAUCAGGAGGGAGGAACUGCAUGCAGCUGGUGAGCGUGAGGCAGCUGCUCUGGCCGAUUUGGCUGAAGCCAGGGCUUUGUUACAUCAAAUUGACUCACCAGACUUACAACCACAUGCUGUAAAAGGGAACUCAUUAUUUGCUGAGGUGGAGGACAAGCGCCAGGAAAUGGCCAAAAAUCUAAUACAGAUGAAACAAACUAAUUCUAGAUUGCGGCGCGACCUAGCCAAUAAGCAAGCAGAGCUGGAAGCAUUGUUGCAUGAGAAGCAGACAAUAUGGGAGCAGCAGGCCGGAGCUGCUGCACACUACGACAGAGAGCUUAUAGAAAACUAUGAAGAACGUAUAACGCAACUGGAAGGUUUAUGCGAGCGGCAGAGGCGAGAGCUAUCUCGCUGGUUCGGCAAACUGUGCGAGCCCACUGCGCAGGGCUGGCUGCCUGGUGUCUUGGACCAUUUGAAAUCUGAAUGUGAACAGUUACGCUUAGAAGUUUUAUCAAGAGGUGCCGCCCAACUAGCAAGUGCAGCGCAAGUGAGAGAGCUGCGAAGGAAAAUCGCCCAUCUGACCGCCAACAGUACCAAGCAAUCGCCCAUACAACAGAUCGGCGAUAAGGACGAGAGUUGCGUGCAAAAGUAUACCGCGCUGAUCAAGAAACCUGUAGUUGACGAUGUUAGGAAAAAAGUAUCCUUCAAUUAGACUAAGGUUAAGUGAACUGUAUCCGUCUUUAGUUUAGAAAAUAGAAACAUAUCUAUCGGACUUCCGCUUGCAAUUAAAAUUCAAAUUCAAAAUAUUUUUAUUCAAUUAGACUUUUACAAGUUCUUUUGAAUCGUCAAAAGCAUCUACCACUGGUUCGGAAUGCCUCUCCUACCGAGAAGAACCAGCAAGAAACUCGGCUAAUAAUAUGUGAUGCAUUGAAUUAAGGUAUAGGGGGCAUUUCAAAAAUCGGUAAAGUUCGAGUCAUCAUAAUUAUCGUUCCAGCGUCGAAAUGUCACGGAAUUCCGCUAGAUUUGUCCGUAGCCUAAUUUUUACAAAAUUGUAUAGUAAAAAAAUCGCAUACAAAUAAAUGCCUAAGUACAUUGAA